AUGAUCAUAAACCGUGGGCCGGGGUCUCAAGCCAGUGGCAAUGAUCAAACCAGGCACUUCCUGUCAACAAGUCAGCGGCAUGGAAACUUCUCAGGCAGAUCAGCUGAUGGCGCAGCCUCGUUCAAGAACUUGCCGCCAUCUGCUGUGAUCAAUCCUCACCGGCCGGGAAAUCAGGGAGCUCCGAAUGGCUUGUCGAUACAUCGCGAAGAGCUGAUUCGCUUAUUUUGGGAACAGGAUGUCCCAUUGCGAAUAGUUCAAGACAUUAUGAGACAGAAACACGGGUUAGACGUAAGCAUAAAGGUCUACAAAACACAGUUUCGGAAAUGGGGCAUCCGCAAGAAUCUCAAAGGGCACGAGGCUCUGAAGAUAGCCACUGGACAGGAUUCUUCACCUGUAUUCUGGCCUGAUGAUAGAGACGAUGAACUUCGAGGUCCGGACACGCUCGAGAAAAUCGAGGCUGCUACUUACUACUUCAAGAUCUAUAUCCUUGGCAAUCGUAUCAUGAGAUCAUGGUUUGAAACUGGGCCGUCCUUCGGAGAGCAGGAAGCUUUUAGCUCCCUUUUCAUUAGAGGGCUGGAACGCUUAUCUCGGAAUGAACAGCAGCAGCAGGCCUUUAAAGACAUAAAUUUGUCCUUUGAUUCCCUGAAGAAGCUUGUUAUAUUGGAUCACCCUCUAGUAUACCUUCGACUCAUGGCCUCUAUUGCAGCAUUCAGUCAAUAUCCGGAAUCUGAGGUCUGCUCAACCAUCUUUCGUUCGCUUUCGGAAUACCUCAGGAAGCUUUUCCUUAUCAUCCAAGGGCCCUAUCAUCCUCUAAGCCACGCUUGGGGCGAGGCCCUUUAUAUCUCAUCGUCCGAGGGUGCCGAGUCUUACGUCCUUGGGGUAGCCGCGACUGCAGUGCGAAGAUAUAUGCCCCAUGAGCUGAGGAUCGGCAUGGGGGCUUUGAACAUUGCCGAGUGCGUGCCCAGUAGUGCGAGGGGUCUAAAUGAAGCCUCGCUUCGCAACGGUCUUAGAAAUAUGGCGAUGCGUCCAGACCUUCUACCCAAAGCGCAAGAGACGAGGCUCGCACUUGCUGAGCUUAUGCUUGCUCAAGGCAGAUUGGUUGAAGGCAUUCACUUCUUUGCGGAGGCAAGAGCGUUCCAAGCUGCCGAUCCAGUUCGCUGCGUGGACAAGACCUUCUGGACAGCGGAGCUCGAAUGGAGAGCCGGAAACGCGUUUGGCUCUAUCAGCACGUUGAAAUCCGCGCUGGCGCAUGCCGACUUUGAGACAGCGGAUAAGACAGGUGAUGGAGUGACGAGAAGGUUGAAGGAGAUUGAAGAUGUUUUGCGCCAUAGGCAGAAUCUUCUCGCAUCGGAGAGUGGUCAUUAUGUCAAAGCGCCGUGCCAGAUGAAAUGGUGGUAG